GUCACCCAUGCGGCUUGGAGGCGCACCGGCUCCACACAGCAGCCAACAUCGUAUUAUGGCCUCCUUCUGAGCCUCCUCAUACGAGACUUGUGAUCUCAGUUUGCCGGCAAUCCGUCGCCAUCGACGCCUUGAUCAUGGACCUGUGGUCCAGAGGCUCAUUCGGGGGUCAUCGGAGAUGUCAUUAGGACUCCAGAAAGUUUAUAUUACCAGAUUUUCGGACACUGUCACUUUUGGACGUCCAGGGAUUUAAAACGGAGUGACAGUAGUAGCAGCCCCCCAUCUGCCGGUCAGCUAACUAAGAAGGGCAUCACUCGUCUGUGGAAGUGAAGAACAAGAAAACUGCAAAUAAUAACAGAAGAUUGAUCCCCCGACUUCCUAAAUUACGGCACUGUCACUGUUGGUACCUGAAAGGCUGGCAACACACAGCCACCCUGAUGCAGACCCAUAAAAGAACGUGAAAUGAACAAACCACCACAACCCUUAACGGGACCUACGUCAGUCCCAAACCCCUCUCCUUCCCCUGGAUUGACACAGGCUGCAUACGGCCCUGGGCAACCAUCUCUUGUUUUUGCCGCCCCUUCACCUCCACAAAUGAAUUCUGCACAGCAGCCAAGACAGUUUGCUACAGGGCCCCGUACUUUACACCAACAGGGUGGAUUCAGAGCUUUACAGAGUUACUAUCCAAGUCGACCCACAAUGGCCACCAGUGCUCCAAGGGUACAGGCGAGUAGUGGCCCUCGUCCCGUUGGACCUACGCAUGUCUACCCCCCCAGCUCACAGAUGAUGAUGGUCCCCCAGCAGCUGCCUUUUGCUGGCUCUCCUCAGGGCUACUUCAUCCCACCUGGACAGCAGUACCGGACCCCGUACAUGGCUCCUACUCAGCAGUAUCCUGUGACCAGUGGUACUGGUUACUUCCCAGGAACUAGCCAUGCUGACUUCUCUGGAUAUGCAGGAGCGUACUAUCCAGCUCAGCACCAGUACUCUGCACCAGUCCAGCCUGCACAAGUCAUGCUCAACCCCGCCCAGCCUCAGCAACAAGCCCCGCCUCCUCAGCAACCGGUGGCCCAGCCACAAGGCCCGCCACAGAGGAAACGCAAACAGAUAACAAUACGAGACCCCAACCAAGGCGGGCGUGAUAUCACACAGGAGAUCCUGUCGGGUGGGAAGGCUUCCACCACACCGACUCCUCCACAGGCCUCGGUAGCAGAUGAGAGUAUCGCCCAAACCAACGGUGACGUUUCACAGCCUGUCACUGCCGUGACGGGGGAUGAUACGGACCUCCCUUCCAGCUCUGAAACUCCUCCUCCUCUAGCUAACGCAGAGCUUGUGGUGGAGGUUGAACAGGAAGUGGACUGCCAAGUAGCACCGCCUGUGAAGUUGGUGCCACAGCCUGUGGCCACUGCAGCUGCUCCAGAGGUGCUGCUCCCACUAAUAAAGGACCAGCAGUUUCCACCUCCCCUCCCUUCAGAAGCAGCUACCGCUAGCGUUGCUGAGGUCACAAACAAAGUCGGUUCUGAUGCUGGCGACACAGUCGAUGCUCCUGUCGGACCCCCGGCAUUUGUAGCAGCUGAAGAGGUACCUGUGAAAACGGAGGAGCCACAGACUGCUGCUUCUGAAAAGGCCCUUGAAAAGGAAGAGGAGAAAAUAGAUGUUGAGGAACUGGAAAUGGAGGAGCAGACGCCGAAUGCCAAGGUAGAGCCUGGAGUUGAGGUUUCAGCAUCAAUCGCCCCUCUUGAGAUGGCAAAAGAGGAAACGGCUGUAAAAGUAGCAAGUGAAGCCACUCAGCCUCUCCCGCCUGUACUGGAACCUGCAACGCCACAGACCCAGGAUGUUGAGCAGUGCUCUGAACCAGACCCAGAACCCGAGGUAGGUGAAACUGUAGAGCCUCCCCUCCUCAACGGCCUUCCCCAGGAGACUGAAGAACUGUCUGAGGAUGUACCCGUUUCUAACACUACACCCCACGACAAGCCCAACACAUCUCAAUCUCAGGAAUCCACACCUGUGGCAAAAACACCACCACCAGCACAGGAGGAGGAGGUGGAGGAGGUGAAAAAGGAAGAGUGUCUGCAGAAGAAGAAAGAAGAUGCCCCUCAAGCCACUAUCAGCCGCCCAGAGGAACCUACUAUGCAAGCUGCUACGUCCGUCCCCAAAAAAAAGAGACAGAUAAAAGAGCUCAACAAGAAGGAAGCCAUUGGAGAUAUGCUGGAUGCCUUUAAAGAGCAGGAGCAGGAAACCAAGUCUGUCCCUGAACCUGCAACCAUUCAGGCCAGCGCUCCCGAUCCAGAUCCAGCUCCAGCUGAACCUCCUGUUGAAGCAGUUGAUGAGACCUGGGAGGAAAAGGAGGACAAGCAGAAUGCAGAGACAGAGAAAACUAAUGUCACCCUUGAGCCAACUGAGCAGAAAUACCAGUACAAAGAAGAACAAUGGAAGCCGAUAAACCCAGAAGCAAAGAAGCGAUACGACAGAGAGUUCCUCCUGGGCUUCCAGUUCAUCAGUGCUAGCAUGCACAAACCAGAGGGCCUGCCCCUCAUCAGCGACGUGGUCUUGACCAAGGUAAACAAGACCCCCCUCCGACCUGCUGACCCUGUUCGACCGAUGAGUACUGGUCCAGAUUUUACUCCCCCGUAUUUGGACAAAGGUGGAAGAGGAUCAGCCAUAGGAACUCGAUGCAUGCCUGUGAUCCGCCGCUCCCAGCAAAACCAGCGAAAAGAGCCAAAGAAAAUCGACAUCAACAGCAUGUCUCACAACAGCGAGGUGUCCCUCAACAAGUCCGUGAACCCCUGGAAGCCUUCUACCAAGAAGUCCGCCCACGGUCGUCCUGGAGAAGAGGCCGAAGAGGACGACGCCGACCAGGCCAAGACUCAAGAGCUGUUUAAGAUCAUGCGAAGCAUCCUGAACAAGCUGACCCCGCAGAAAUUCCAGGAGCUGAUGAAACAAGUCACAGAAUUGAAGAUAGACACAGAGGAGAGGCUUAAAGGAGUCAUUGACCUCAUUUUUGAGAAGGCCAUUUCAGAGCCCAACUUCUGUGUGGCCUAUGCCAACAUGUGCCGCUGCCUUAUAAACUUAAAAAUCCCCGCCAUAGACAAGUCCGGAAAUGCCGUGACCUUCCGCAAACUGCUGCUCAAUCGCUGUCAGAAGGAGUUUGAAAAGGACCAGGAUGAUGAUGAGUUUUUUGAGAAGAAGCAGAAAGAGUUGGAGGCCGCCAAGGGUGACGAAGAGCGUGAACGCUUGAGGGUGGAGCUUGAAGAAGCCCGAGACAAAGCCCGAAGGCGCUCACUGGGCAACAUAAAAUUCAUCGGCGAACUCUUCAAACUGAAAAUGCUGACGGAGGCCAUCAUGCAUGACUGUGUGGUGAAACUGCUGAAGAAUCACGAUGAAGAGUCUCUGGAGUGUCUCUGCAGACUUCUGUCCACCAUCGGUAAAGAUCUGGACUUUGAGAAGGCAAAACCUCGUAUGGAUCAGUAUUUCAACCAGAUAGAUAAGAUCAUUAAAGAAAGAAAAACCUCAUCUAGGAUUCGCUUCAUGCUGCAAGAUGUGCUGGACCUUAGAAGGAGUAACUGGGUGCCUCGUAGAGCCGACCAGGGUCCUAAAACUAUCGAUCAGAUCCACAAAGAUGCAGAGAUGGAAGAGCACAGGGAGCAAAUCAAAGUCCAGCAACAGCUCCAGUCCAAGAAAGAUGGUGGAGGAAGUGGAGGAGGAAGCAGGAUGGGAGGGAACAUGGGUGGCCGAGGUCCUCACACACCAGGAGGCAGCCGGCUUAGCCAGCCUCAGGAUGAGGGCUGGAACACGGUGCCCAUCUCAAAGAACCGACCUAUCGACACCACCCGCUUUAGCAAGAUCAUGAAGCCCGGCGCCCUUGACUUCAGUAAUCAGCUGCUGUUUCCUGGUGGAAAAGACAUGUGGGGGAGCUGGGGAAAAGGCAGCAGUGGAGGAAGUGGAGCAAAGCCAGCAAGUGGAGAGCAGGACUCUGGGCGUUCAGCCACCAGCACUCUUAACCGCUUCUCAGCCCUGCAGCAGUCUGGUUCCAUGUCGUCGUCAGCAGACACCGAUCGCAGAGUUCCCCAGAGGUUGAGCUCCAAUCGCGAACACGGCAGUGACAGAGACAGGAGUGACCACGAUCGCUUUGACAGAUUUGCUCACAGCGAGGGACGAGACGGGAGCCAAAUCACCAAGAGAAGCUUCAGCAGAGAGUCGCAGGAGCGUGGAGGACGGGGCGGAGAUGGUCGAAUCUCAACUGAACCUGUGCGCCGCGUCGCCAGCAUGACUGACAGUCGGGACAGGGGGAGCAGGGACAGGGGGAGCAGGGACAGGGGAAGCAUAGACAGAGGAAGCAGAGACAGAGGAAGUAGAGACAGGGGAAGCAUAGACAGAGGAAGCAGAGACAGGGGAAGCAUAGACAGAGGAAGCAGGGACAGAGGAAAUAAAGAACAAGGGAGCAGGGACCGAGGAAGCAGGGACCAAAGUAGUCGGGACAUUGGUCCAAGCAAAGACCUCCCAGUGAAGCGUGAAGGUGCUCCCACUCCUCCCUCUCUUCCUAAAGCAACCUUGACUGAUGAAGAAGUGGAGAAGAAGUCAAACGCCAUCAUUGAAGAAUUCCUCCACAUCAACGACGUGAAGGAGGCGCUGCAGUGUGUGGCUGAGCUCAACAGUGCCUCGCUACUUUAUAUAUUUGUGCGCACCGGUGUCGAGUCGACACUUGAACGCAGCACUAUCGCUCGGGAGCACAUGGGCCUUUUGCUGCACCAGCUUGUGAAGGCAGAAACGUUGCCCAUAAAGGAGUACUACAAAGGGCUAAACGAGAUCCUGGAGGUAGCGGAGGACAUGGCCAUAGAUAUACCUCACAUCUGGCUCUACCUGGCUGAAAUCAUCACCCCCAUGCUCCAUGAAGGAGGCAUCCCCAUGGGACAGCUCUUCAGGGAGAUCUCCAAGCCUCUCGUGCCUCUGGGGAAGGCUGGCGUGCUGCUGGCACAGAUCCUCAAGUUGCUCUGCAAAGGAAUGACUCACAAGAAGGUUGGAACUUUGUGGAGAGAAGCAGAGUUAAACUGGAAUGAUUUUUUACCUAAAGAUGAAGACGUCAACAAGUUUGUUACUGACCAGAAAGUAGAGUUCACCACAGAAGACACUGAACCAAAAGAUGUUGGCAAGAAGAAGGUCCUGAGCGGAGAGGAACUCAGCAAACAGCUGGGCAGACUCUUUGAGGACAAAGUCGGCAACCAGCAAAUCAGAGACUGGAUCGAGGCUAAUUUGGAUGAGCAGCAAACAUCUACCAACCAGUUUGUACGAGCUCUGAUGACCUCAGUGUGCCAGUCGGUAGUCAUAUGUGACACCCCAUACAAGGUGGACGGACCACAGCUCAGCCAGAGGGCCAGCUUGCUGCAGAGAUACCUGUGUGAUGAGGAGAAGGAGCUGCAGGCUCUCUACGCCCUCCAGGCUCUUAUGGUGCACAUGGAGCAGCCUGCAAACCUGCUACGGGUGUUCUUUGACGCCCUGUACGAUGAAGAUGUAAUUAAAGAGGAUACUUUCUACAAGUGGGAGUCCAGCAAAGAUGCCGCUGAGCAAAAGGGGAAAGGUGUGGCCUUGAAAUCCGUCACCGGCUUCUUCACAUGGCUCCGCGAGGCCGAGGAGGAGUCCGACAAGGAGUGAAAGGAUGAAACCUGCUGUCCCCUUUUGUCCAGACGGGGGACUCUGAGAAGAGUAAUGGACAACACAUAAAGCCAGAGUGGCAGACUCGAUACAAUCCUCAAUGAGGAUAAAUCUUUAUUUUUAUUUUUUCCUUUACUUUGAGGGAUGAACUCAGAAAACAAUCAUUUUUUUCUCUUCCCUCUCUUUCCCUGCUUUACACAGCAAGUGUCCUCAUCAAAAUAAACUUGAAAACAAUUCAGCGGGACUGCUUAUUAAUGAGGUGUGAAAUCUCCCACGUCACUAAGACUUAAUGUCACAGUAACACAAACCAACUGGCUGCUUUUUUCAUUGUUCUAGUAGAGAAUCCUGCCUAAUCUGAGCUGCAGGAAAAAGCAGCAGGGUGUGUGGUAUGUAACUUCUGUGACUUGUGGGUAUCGCCGUGUCCAAACACAGAUCAUCUGUCUGUCCUUUACUGGAGUGUGCAGCAUGACUGAAGUGCAUUUCUACCACAGAAACCUGAACUAAACUGGGAGUUUUUAAUGCAGAGGCUGUUUAUUUUCUCCUCAUGGGCUUACAGAGGGACUGAUGUUGACUUUGGCUACUGGGAGGUGGUCCUAAUGCUUCCUCUAAGCCAUCCUCUCCUAUCCCCAGUAACCAACUACACUGACUGGCUCGUCAUUUUUACCUCUUAUCAACUUAAACCUGACUAAAAAACCCAAUCACAUUUAAAACUUGAAAUCUGCAGAAGAAGAAAAGAAAAUGACUUGAUGGAAUAUAUUUAGAGCGAGAGAGAAAAAAAGCAGAAGUGAUCCGAAAGCCUUUUCUACUUAAUGUGGAAACUCAUUUCAGGACCUUUCUGUAAAUGUGUAAUGAUGAUAAACUUUUCUGUUGUAUUUUUCAGAAACUACAAAUUUCUGAUGUAAUUGCAGUGUCUCCUUUUCCAAGCGAACCGUUGUCCAGAUGCAGAGAGGUGCUUUAGAGAUAAUCCAUUGAUUAGUUUUAUUUGUAUUUUGUACAUAUGUUUUUGCUUUCUUUAUUUAAGAAAUGAUUGCUUCUUUUGCAUCGGAAACUGGAGAGAGGAGGUAACGGAACAUUACAAAAUAAAGGAGUUAAGUUGAA